AUGCAGGUUGUGCGGGUUGUACAUACCGCGCUCUCCUCUGCCCCUGGUUCCCCAGGCCUCCUUCUCUGCCUCGGCCCCUCCUUCGCGUUCCCCUUGUUGCCGCUUCAGGCGCCGCGUUUUGCAGCGGUCGGCCUGCCGCACGCUGGUUGGCCUGCUCCCGCAGGGCCUGCUGACGGCUUGUUUCCCCUCGGUGGUGGCUCUGUCUUGUCUCGGCUCUUCUCUCCGCCGCGUCUUCCGCCGCGUCUUCGGCCGCCCUCUCCCUCUCGUCCAGCGCCUCCUCUUCCACGGCUUCUGCCAUUCUCUCGCAGCGGUGUGUUGAUGGCAGGUCGGCGCUAUCCUCCGCACCGGCGACUGCCUGGGGCGAGUCCUCCUGCUGCGUCCACCCUACCAGAGGCCCAGGUUGGGCAGGUGCCAGCCCUACUCCGAGCCGCCGCUGAUGUUGUUGCGGCCGCUGCGGGCGGCGGUUCUUACCAGGCGCAUGGCAUCCCUCCCGCACCUCGCCCCGCAGCCUCAGGUGCCACUGGCACUUCACUCGCAGCCUCCGCUACAGCCUCCGCCGCCUCCGCGGUUUAUCCGCCGCCGCCCCAAGCCUCCUCGUCGCUGCAGCAGCCCUCGUCUGCUUCGGCGCCCCCGUUGCCCUCCCCGUCGAUGGCGCCGUCUGUGUCGUCGGGUCCGAGUUCGGCGCCAGCGCCACACCUGCCGCCGACGUGGGCGUCCCUUCUGGCCCCCCCGCCACCGCCGUCCUCGUCCACUCCGUCCUCGGCGGUUCCCCAGCCUCCGGCGCCGCCGCUGUCUCAGCUUCCUCCCUCGGCGCCGUGCUCGGACCCUCCCGUGGUCUCUCCCGUUCCUGCCGCUCCCCCGGCCUCUGCUGGGGACCAGGGGCCGCAGCGACAGCGUCCUCCCUCUCCACCUGUAUUGCCCCAGGUGCCGCGGUUUCGCCACCGCUCUCCUUCUCCUGGUCUUCCGGGGGAUGCUCCUGACCCGCCGGAGGGGUGGUGGCUGGAGCGGGAUUCUUGGACCGCCUCUGUUGAGCCUGGAUCUUCAAUGGGUCGGUGGGCUGCAGACACUCCGAUCGUAGCUGAUAUAGUCCGUUGGGAGCGGCGCUUGUCAGAUGUUGGGGAGUGCCUCUCUCUCCUCGCGACCGUGCUUGAUCAGCUGCAUGCUGGGCUGCAGAGCCGGCCCGUCGCCGCGCGUGAUCCCUAG